AGGGAGGAUUAAGGAAUCGGGACAAUCACUUCAUUUGUUGAAGCCUGUGAACAAAGGCCUGCUUAUCAUCCCUACACACAACGGUCCGUUCAUCAUUUGGCCCAGCUCGCUUGUAGAAUCACACUGCGGAGCUGCGUAAACGGACGACAGCCUCUACGUAUCUAUUAAAUACGAGAUGCUACCUUUGCUCAUCACCCACUGGGACCGUUAGGAUAAUAACAGGCUUUUUCCAUCGGAAACACUGGCUGCUUUGCAAUUGUUGCAACAAACGGUAAGCGGAACAGAAGUGAAUAUCAGAAGGGCCUGCUAGUAAUUUGUAACAAUUGGAAUAAGAAGACAAAAGUCAGGAUUUAGGGAUAUACGAUAUUAUAAUGGCUUACAGCUCAGCAUCAGAGAAGUUGGAUCUGGAAGUGAGGAGAGUAUCGUCUGGAGUGGCGGGUGUCAGUGGUGGCAUCGGCGAUACCUCGUUACUGGUACAGACGAUGCAAUUGGCCACUGAAGAUGAUGACAGUGUUUUUUACAGCGAGAAAGAUUUUGUUCCAAUCAGGGCUUGUCAUGGUCCCGCUCUGACUUCGGCCGAUCUAGUGGGGGUCGGCGGAGACCCCAACCAUGUGCGCUUCACCAUAACCUCGGAGCCGUGGGAGACCCGGGCCGAGCCUGUGAUGAAGCUGCUCGCGGCGGGAACCUCGGCUCCCCCUGCCCCAGGAGAUCACAGAGAUCUCAUGCUGGAGAAAAACAAGAUCCAUCCCGCCGACAACUUCCCAACGGACUACGAGGAUCUGAUUCCAGUGCACUCCAGAACCAAAGGGUCAGAAAAAAUAUUAACCAAUAGCCCUGCUGAAGUACCGAGAGGGAUGAAAACCCAGAAGGAGGUGGAGGUCCAAACCCUGAAGGACUUUGAUCCGUGGAGGGAAACUGCUCUCUCACUGGGGCUGAAACUGGAGGGCUUUGCCGCCCAGUCUGCACCCACCCCGUCUGCACCCACCCCUUCUCCCGAGAAGGAGCCGAAACAAGAGAACGGAGAAGAGAGGAUUCCCCUCGGACAACUGAACGAAAAGGAGAUCCUGAAUCAAGAGCAGGACGUGAAAGAAGGGGAUGAAGAGGAGGAAAUUAGCGAAAGACAUCAGAGCAGCUCUGAGCUUGGCGAAGAAUCGCCCUCUGCUGGUGGCAGGAAGAAGUCCGCCGACCACGACUUAAUGUCCAAAUACAACACAGUCUCCUAUCGAAAGAUCCGCAAGGGAAACACCAGGCAGAAAAUCAAUGAAUUUGAGUCCAUGAUGAACUAAAACUAAAGACGAAAAGGUGGGGGCCGGACAAUGAAAAGGCACAGACCGGAAUAAACAUAAUAAUGUUUAAAACAUCAUGUUCCAUUUCCAUUAAUAGGAUUAAUAUUUGUGUUGUGUGCCAAGAUAAUGGACUCACUAUGUUUUUAUAGUUUACGAUCUAUUUAAUGUUUUUAGUUUCAAAACAGACCAUUCCAUUUUCUUGGAAAUAUUACGCAUUAAUUGCUCUCAGAAAUACGUAAUUGAUGGAGCGUUACUAAUUACAGGCUGUAAUUUUCAAUACUGGUCUCUCACUAAACUAAAGGUUGGAAUCCAUUGUGUUCAACCCUGAUUUUAAUGAGUAUGUUCAAUUUGGGAAUUUGCCUAAUUCCUUUGUAAAUGUAGGUAGCUUUGGUAAAAUAAAAAACUGUAACUCAAAGGGAAUGUAUCAAGAUAAGAGGCUUAGUAGCUGUUAAUCCUACUAGUACAUAUGAACAACAAUGCUAACUGCAUCAUUUGAAAUGCUUAUGUUUCUUAUGGUUUUUAUCAUUUUUGUAAUGAUUUCUUAUCAUGGUAUCAUUUUUAUGCUGGCAGUUACAUUAAGAAAUACUUUAAACCGAUGUUUGUCCCUUUUGGUGAUGAGUAUUAAUACUUUUAAACAACAUAACAGCUCAUGCAGAAAGGUCAACUGGAAAAUUUUCCUUUUGGAUACGAGUAUGUAUUCUCACCGGUCAUAUGCUUCUGUUGUAGCAGAUACUACUGCAAAUAAAGGCUCUUUCCUUUCAGGA